GACCCAAGCAACAUCCCUGAGGCCUCUAGGCAAUCUGAAAGACUAGUUAACACCAAAGGUCAUUCAUCUUUUGUUGACUCCCGUUCAUCCAAAGGAGCUGAGGUUGCAAAGAUGAUGGAGGACAAACGUGGUAAACCCUCUAUUCUGUCUGAAAAUGCACAAGACAGGAGGAAUCAAUUAGUGACAAGAAGGGAACUGGAUGCUGAAAUGCCUACCUUGGAAACAGUAGCACAGACACCUGCACUUGGCGAACAAUACGAAUCGAACACGAGGAAUGUUUCCAUCAGUAAUCAUGGGUAUGAUUUGAAGAACACCUAUCGGCAGAUUGGAUCAAGCAUCGGAGCAUCCGUUGUUAUACCCCGAGCUGAGCAAUUGAAGCUUGAGGAGAGCAGUGGGACUGGAAUUGGAUUUGAAACUGAUGCUUCCAAGGCAUCAUUUCCUGCCAUCGUUGCUACACAUGAUUCAGUUCCACAAAGAAAAGAUGAUGCUUUAAGUCUCACUCAAAGUCCUACUGACUGCAGUGUUCUUGGAAAUAGACGCCCUGAUGGGAAGUUGCCUAGUUACUCUUCGAAGGACCAGUGGAAGCCUAUCUUGGGAAUGAGUGGCCAAAGUUAUCCUGAGUAUCAUUUGUCGGCUUUACAGACAGAUCGAGAAGAGGAUGAUAUUUCAAUAUCUACUGGUAGGCCACAUUCUCCGAAGCAUACAACACUGGAAAAAUGGAUUUUGGAUUUUCAAAAGAGAAAAGUUAUUUUUGAUCAAAGCCGGGCACUAAAACAGCAGAAAACAGAGCAAAGAAUUGCUGCUCGUUCUGACAAGCUAAAGGUUUGCAAUUAAUUGCUAUUCAUUCAGGGGUUAUUUUAUAAUCACUAUUGUUUUGGAAGUGUAUUUGAGUGGUUGCAUAGUCUUACUGUUGGCUCAAGUUGUUUAUCUUUAUUUCCUAGAUCUGGGUCCUGGUAAUUCUUAGUCAUUUGCUUCAAUUUGCCUGAUGAUGGUUAAUUGUGGAUAAGCCUCCUGUGUCUAAAGUUU